UUGUGCACCUCUUGUCCGUGCUUAUUUCGAGGUAGUACCGUCCGCAGGAAGUGGACUGUCAUUCUGGCUGUUGUGUCCUUGUUAGUUGCAUAGCAAGUUCGCUGUCAUAACUGGCAAGUAAAUGCAUACCAUUUGGAAAGAUGAAUUAAAUUGUACUUAAAGAUUGAAUUUGGAAGAAAUUUGUGCUUACCUGCUGUUAAAAACAGCACCAUGUUGCGUGUCGGAAGCAAAGCUGCUUGUAUGGGCUGCAGGAACCUGGUCUCCUCCAACAUGGGAGUGAGAGUUCGGGUACCUCUGCAGAAACUGCACUCUCUGUCUUGUGCCAUCCACCACCGCUAUUCGAGAAACACCACCACUCAGCGACCUCCUCAUCGCACGGCAGCCCGUUAUUUUACUUCCAUGUCACGGUUGCCCAUGCAGCCACCCAAGCCUCACCCUGGGUCAGGGGGUCAUAGCUACCAGCAACAGCGCAGCUUCUGGGUGGCCCGCCUCGCUGCUAGGUUGUUAAGGCUCCGAUACAUUCUGCUGGGCACGGCAGUAGGAGGGGGGUACACAGCUAAAAAGACUUAUGACGAAUGGAAGGACAUGCUGCCUGAUUUUAGUGAAUACAACUGGGUCAUUCCUGAUUUUGUCUGGGAGCUGAGUGAACAAAUUGAUCUUGAUAAAUUGGCCAAAGCUCUACCAGAAAUGGAGGAAAUAGCCAAACUACUACCUGACCUUGAUAAGAUCGGACAGAACUUCACUUUCCUCAAAAGCCUUCUGUCAUCUGGUGUGAGUUUGGGUAGUGAAGUCAAAGGAGCUUCUGGUCUGCAUCUGUUGUUAGAAACCUCAGGCGGUCCUUCACUAAAAGCCACAGAUUCUUCUGCUGCCACCACACAUGAUGUCAGUGACAAGCAAUACAAAAAGGGUCUGCUUGGCGAGCUCAUUCUUAUUCAGCAGCAGAUCCAGCAGCACGAGGAAGAGGUCCGUCGGGCUGCUGAAGCCAAUAGUGCGCGUCUCCCAGCACCAGAGCCUGCUCCCAGUCCACCUCAGCAAACACGCAAGUCAUCAGACAAAGAAAAGACAGACCAGCUUCAAGAGGAACUGCUCCGUACCCAGCUCAAGUAUCAGCGCAUGCUGGAGAGGCUGGAGAAGGAGAAUAAAGAGUUAAGGAAAGUGGUGCUACAAAAAGAUGAUAAGGGGAUUCACCAAAGAAAAGUGAAGAAAUCCCUUAUUGACAUGUAUUCUGAAGUUCUGGACAUCUUGUCUGACUAUGAUGCCAACUACAACACUCAAGACCACCUACCCAGAGUGGUGGUGGUUGGGGAUCAGAGUGCUGGAAAGACUAGUGUGCUGGAGAUGAUAGCCCAGGCCAGGAUUUUUCCUAGGGGCUCAGGAGAGAUGAUGACACGUUCUCCUGUCAAGGUAACACUAAGUGAAGGUCCCCACCACGUGGCCAUGUUCAAGGAUAGUGGCCGAGAGUUUGACCUUAACAAGGAAGAAGAUCUGGCUGCUUUGAGACGUGAGAUUGAGCUGAGGAUGAGGAAGAGUGUCAAAGAGGGACAGACAGUCAGCGCUGAGACAAUAUCCUUGAAUGUCAAAGGCCCCGGCAUCCAGAGGAUGGUGCUUGUCGACUUACCAGGUGUCAUCAGUACUGUGACCACAGGCAUGGCAACCGAUACUAAGGAAACCAUCUUCAGCAUGAGCAAGGCGUACAUGCAGAACCCCAAUGCCAUCAUCCUCUGUAUUCAGGAUGGCAGUAUAGAUGCAGAGCGGAGCAUUGUAACUGAUUUAGUUAGCCAGAUGGACCCCCAGGGGAAGAGGACCAUCUUCGUCUUGACCAAAGUGGACUUGGCUGAGAAGAACCUGGCCAGCCCAAGCAGAAUUCAGCAAAUAGUGGAAGGAAAACUCUUCCCGAUGAAGGCCCUGGGCUAUUUUGCAGUGGUGACAGGAAAAGGGAGCAGUGGUGAAAGCAUAGACUCCAUUAAAGAGUAUGAAGAGGACUUCUUCCAGAACUCUAGGUUACUAAGGGAUGGCAUGUUGAAGGCCCACCAGGUGACCACAAAGAACCUGAGUCUGGCCGUCUCUGACUGCUUCUGGAAGAUGGUUAGGGAGUCUGUUGAGCAGCAGGCUGAUGUCUUCAAAGCGUCCCGCUUCAACCUGGAGACUGAGUGGAAGAACAACUAUCCUCGCCUGAGAGAGCUGGACAGGAAUGAACUGUUUGAAAAAGCCAAAAAUGAAAUCUUAGAUGAAGUCAUCAGUUUGAGUCAAGUGACCCCCCAGCACUGGGAGGCCAUCCUGCAGAAGAAGCUGUGGGAACGUGUUUCCACCCAUGUGAUUGAAAACAUCUACCUGCCUGCUGCCCAAACAACAGACUCUGGUACUUUUAACACCACUGUAGACAUAAAGCUCAAGCAGUGGACCGACAAGCAGCUUCCACACAAAGCACUGGAGGUUGCCUGGGAGACGCUGCAGGAGGAGUUUGCCCGCUUCAUAGCUGAGUACAGAGGCAAAGACCAGGACGACAUUUUUGACAAGCUGAAGGAGGCUGUGAAGGACGAGAGCAUUAAGAGGCACAAGUGGAACGAAAGGGCGAUGGACAGCCUGAGGGUAAUCCAGCACAAUGCCCUUGAAGACCGUUCCAUCACAGACAAGCCCCAGUGGGAUGCAGCAAUCCAGUUCAUGGAAGAAACCUUGCAGUCACGCCUCAAAGAUACUGAGUCAGUAAUCAGAGACAUGGUGGGUCCAGACUGGAAGGAAAGGUGGCUGCACUGGAGGAGUCGCACACCAGAUCAGCACAUUCGUAAUGAAACAAAAAACGAGCUGGAUCGUUUGCUAAAGCUGCACGAUGACCACACAGCAUACUUAGCCAAUGAUGAAGUCACCACAGUGAGGAAGAACCUGGAGGGACGAACGGUCGAGGUUGACCCUAUUCUGAUCAAGGACACGUGGCAUCAGCUGUAUCGCCGACACUUCUUGCAGAAGGCACUGACCCAUUGUAACCUCUGCAAGAGAGGUUUUUACUAUUACCAGAGACACUUUGUUGACUCUGAGUUGGAGUGCAGUGAUGUGGUACUGUUCUGGAGGAUCCAGAGGAUGCUGGGCAUCACAGCCAACACUCUCCGACAGCAGCUCACCAACACUGAGGUGCGCCGGUUGGAGAAAAACGUGAAGGAGGUUCUGGAUGACUUCGGGGAAGACAUGGAGAAAAAGACCCAGCUCAUCACUGGCCGCCGAGUUCAGCUGGCCGAGGAUCUCAAGAAAGUUCGCGAAAUCCAGGAGAAACUUGAAGCCUUUAUAGAAGCUCUUCACAAGGAGAAAUGAGAGAACCAGAUCAAUUGAAAGUUAACUUUUGAAUCACAUAUAGAAACGCACUGAAUGAUGACAACUAAAUUUGUUAAAGAACCUCGUCACCCCUGGCCCACCACUCACCUGAUUUCAGUUCCCACAGCUUGGCUUCCUUGACUUCCAAACACUGGUGGAAAGAAUGACCUGACAGUUUUCAAGUUUUCUUCUUUUUCAAUGCAAGCUGUUCCAGGUAAGAGGGGUUCUUCUGCACAGGGGUCCAAACACAGUCAAGUCAGGAGGAAAUUGAGAAUCUUGCUCUUGUCAGACAUCAGACUGUUUGUUUUCAAUAAAUGGAGACUGUGUAAACCUUUAUCUUCCCACUCUUUUUUUUUUUUAUUUGAUUUUUCUCCCUCUCGACUAGUGGUGUCUGUAUAUUCACUGAUCUGUGUAUAAACACCAGUGACACAGGUCUUGGUAGAUGGUUUCAGCUAGUAGACACAGAAUGUGUGUCUAAUGUUCACCAGGAAGUUUCGCUUGCAUGUAGGAUCCUGAACCCUUCAGUCAUCCCUUCAAGCUGUAGUUGUAUUUUCCAUAUACUCCGUGUAUACCUCUAAAUGAAACAGUUUAGUUCCAGCAAAAUGUUCCCACCUAAAGACUUGAAGAAUAAAAAGUGACUGCCUGGUUCGAUAUAUAGCCUUCUCUCUGUUGUAUUAACAGGACAUGAUCAGCAAUGAAGGUGAUAGAGACUAUGUUGCAUAUAGAUUUUGUUUCUUAUUAUUCUGAUCUAAGGGGAAUUACGUGACAAAUAUAGUUUUUCUGCCAAAUGCACACAAUGCCCGGGUCAUACCUCUAACUCACCUUUUAGUUACCAUUUUAUGUUAACAUGUAUGUAUUGUAUGCUCUCCUCAUGUUGCACCUGACAGAUAAUACAGCCUGUUAAUAGAGUAAAAAUGAGAAUUAACCAAAUUCAGGGUGUUCUGGGAUACAAUCAUGUAUUUUAAUAUAUUACAUUGUUAUUUGUAAUAUUUAAAACUCAGUAGUAUCAGUAAUUAUAAUGUUUAGCCCCAUCAUUUGUCAUAAUAACCAUAUAAAAAUACACCAUCAACCAAAUUUAAGGCACUUUUCAUUUGAUUUUGAGAAGCUGUUCCAUUAUCUGUCAGUCGCUACAGUCCGUGUCUCCACCUGCUCUCAUGUCUUUAUUUGUCUAGUAUCCAGUCUUUCCUGAUCAGUUGGUACAGCUACACAGGGGUGGGUGAGUUGUCUUUACGUUUCCAAACUGCACCAGGGUUCAUGUGAUUUGUUCAUUUAGCAGGACACAUAUGUCUAUUAACAUGUACACAGCACAGGCCCACUUGUACUUAACCACUCUUCCUCUCUUUUGUUUGUGAUUGUAAUGGCAUUGCGAUGUUAUGUAUCGCACUGCUUCAAUAAAAAUCAUCAGCUCACUUUGUAAAUGAUUAGAAAUUUUCCUUAUAGUCAAGAAAAAGGUGGGUGACUCUUUUUAUGUGUGCUUUGGGCAACUCAUUGAUUAUUUUAUAAGUCACAGUUCAGAGCCAGAUGAUUCCCAAUCUUGUGCUUCACCACUCUCUUUGCACCUCCAUCAUUUGGACCAUGCUGACUCUGUUCAUCACCAUUCUAGACAUGCACUCACUAUUUCUAGCUUGAAAUAUUGUCAUAUAUUUGAUUGAAAUGGAGGCAAGAGACUGUGUUAACCCUGUUCUUUAAUACAUGUAUAUGGGUAUAUAUACAAUAUGCCAAGCAUUCUGUACAGAUAAAGUUGAUGGGAAGUCUUGGAGCUACUAUCAUGUACAGUGUAUGGCGAGUAAACAAAGUAUUGGCGAGUUGGUCAAAAGAAAUUUUUCAUGUUGUAGAAAGUAAUGUUUGCAUGGUGUGACCCAUCCGGUGUGCUUUAUUUAUUAAAUUUGUGCUUAAAUGGCAAAAAUGAAAAUAAAAUUGACAAAUGACAUUUUUAAUGACU